AUGACCAAUUCAUCCAUAAAAUUGGUUAUUACAUCAUCUUUUUCGCAUGUGGCCCCUCUUACUUUUUCCAAUGACGAUUGUAAUAUAAAUAAUAAUAAAAAUAAUGUAUAUGAUUUAAAGAAUUCAUCCUGUAAUCAAACCACUCAACUUCACCCACCCUUUACUACUCCACCCUUAACUCCACCUUUAACUUUUCCUCGAUCUUGCUUAAAAAAAAGAUUCUCUAAAAAUCCUUCAUUUUUGUUUAGUUCAAAUUUAAUUAAUUCAACAAAUAAUAAUAAUAAUUAUACAAAAAUUAAUAAUGAUUCAACAAAAAAUAAUAAUAAUUAUUUAACAAAAAAUAAUAAUAAUGAUUUAACAAAAAAUAAUAAUAAUGAUUUAACAAAAAAUAAUAAUAAUGAUUUUAAAAAAAACAAUAAUGAUUUAAAAAAAAAAAAUAAUGAUUUAAAAAAAAAUAAUAAUUCAACAAAUAAUAAGUCAACGAAUAAUAAUUGGUAUUCGACAAUAACUUCCCCUCCACUAUUUUAUUUAAUUCCUAAAAAAUUUAAUGUUAUCGAAGAUUUUUCAUCUCUAAAAUAUUUAAAUUUCCCAAAUAUUCCAAAUAUUCCAAAUAUUCAUACAUCAAGGAAAUCUUUUAGUCAUGAAUUUAAUGCUCAAUAUUUAUUUCCUAACAAUGAUGACGAAGUUGAUAGAUUACAUUCUCAACAUUUCUUGGGUCAUCAUAUAUGGGGAAAUAAUUUUUCUGCUCCUAUUGAAGAAGUACUUAAAGUUGAGGGAUCGCGUGCUUUAGAAAUUGGUUGUGGACCAGGAACAUUUAUUUUUGAAAUGUCAUAUCAAUUUGAAAAGGCCAAAUUUACUGGUAUAGAUAAAAUGCCAAUGUUCCCCGUUGAAAUCAAACCUCAGAAUUCACAUUUCGUAGUAUGCGACUUAUUAAACAAAUUACCAUUUGAAGAUUCCACAUUUGAUUACGUGUGUAUAAGGUUAAUAGGACUUAGAUUAUUAUUUACCCAAGAAGAUUGGGAAAAUAAAAUAAUUAAAGAAUUGAUUCGAAUUACCAAACCAGGAGGAUGGGUGGAAUUUACGAUAAAAGAUUUAAAUUGGUAUAAUGAAGGACCGAGGACAAGUUAUUUUAGAAAUUUUGCCACGGAACUUUUAUCUAAAAUUCAUAAUUUGGAAAUUCCUCAAAUUACCAAAUUUCUUGAUAAAACAAAUCAAUUCACAUCCGUACAAAUGGAUGAAAAAAUUGUUCCUAUAGGUUCAUGGGGCGGAAGUUGUGGCAAAAUUCAUCUCGACUUAAUAAAAUGGGAAAUGAAAAAUUUGAGACCAUAUAUUGAAUUUGCCUUAGAAUUAGAAUGUAAAGGUGAGACUUAUGAAAAUUUAAAUGAAAAAUUUUUAGAAGAAGUUGAAGAGGAAGGAAGAAAGAUGUAUACGAGAUGUCUGAGAUAUUGGGCAAUGAAAAAGUUUCCAAAUUAG